AUGGCAGAUAAGAACACUGAAGCUUCCUUAAUGGCUAAUGCGCCAUCAAGCAGCAAUUUAGAGUACAAAUUUUCAGAUCGAGUUUUGGCAAAAAUACGCGAAUGUCGCAGCAACAAUCAGUACAUUGAUGUGGUUUUUACUGUGGGCGAACGCCAGAAGCGUAUUCCAGCACAUCGUCUUGUAUUAGCGGCGUCAAGUAGUUAUUUUCAAGAGCUCUUCACCACGGAAGAGGAUACAAGUGAAAUUUCGUUAAAACAUAUCGAUGCAAAUAGUUUCGAGACCUUAAUAAAUUAUUGCUACACAGGCUGCUUAACGCUCGAUGAGCGUGCAGCGCGAAAAUUGGUGAUAGCGGCAAAAAUUUUGCAAUUCAAAGAGGUUGCGCGCUAUUGCAACCGCUUUAUAGUGAACAAAUUGAGUUAUGCCAACCUAUUGGAUAUCAUCUCCUUCGCUGAUGAUCACGGUUGCAAGGACUUGCGUGCUAAAGCUUUCGGUUUUGCGGUGGAGCAUUUUAAGGAGCUGCUCACGAACGGAGAACUACUGCGUUUUAGUCCCGCACUCAUGGAAGAGUUGGUGGAGAGCGAUGAAUUGAAUGUGUACAAUGAAGCAGAUGUUUUUGAUGCCAUCAUGCGUUGGCACAAAUAUGAUGAGGAAAAUCGACGACCCUACUUAAUAAAUUUGCUUUCGCUGCUGCGCAUCACACAGUUGGAGCCAGCCUUCGUUUUCAAGCACAUCAAACCCAUACCGGGUAGUGAUCGUUUAAUUUUGGAUGCUUUAGAUUGGUUUCAUGUGCCCGAAACGCGUUGGCAAACUAAAUUGAAGUACACUAAGCCACGCAACUCGCGCAAUUGCCUCAUGGCUGUGGAAGUUAAUAUCAUGGAUGAGAGCAAACGCUUUCUACGCUAUGAUCCCAUAGCGGACACUUGGGCACGCUGUGGUCAAGUAUUAGGCGAGAAAACCGAUUACGGCACAAUAUUCGUUAAGAAUUCGCUCGUCUUCAUUGGCAAUAAAUAUUUGGUGCGUUUCGAUUUGGAAAAGCAACAGUGGGAAACACCACAACCGGUGCGCAAGCGUCGAGAGUUGAUUUGUGUGGCCGUGUUGCAAGAUAAUAUAUACUUAAUUGGCGGUUAUUGCAAGACGACCAAAAACACAGUGGAAAUGUUCGAUAUGCGCACAGGCGAUUGGCUGCGUGUAGCACCGAUGUUAGAAGGCCGCUACUGUGCAAAGGCCGUGGUGUUCGAUGAGCGCAUUUAUGUUAUGGGCGGCUCAGAGAAUGAAUGCGCGCUCAACUCAGUCGAGUGCUAUGAUCCGAUGCUGGAUACAUGGGAAGCACGGGCCUGUAUGAUAGAAGCGCGCGCUUCUCCGGGUGCCGCGGUCGCUCAUGGCUACAUUUAUGUCUUGGGUGGUUACAAUGAUUCACCACUGGACACAGUCGAGCGCUUUAAUCCCGUAAAAAACGAGUGGACUAAAGUUUGUUCGCUGACAACGGCACGCAGUCGCAUCAGUGCGAUCGUAUUCAAUUAUCAACUACUGGCUUUAGGAGGUACGAAAAAUGGCGAAGGCGUAAACUGUGUAGAGGAAUAUAAUGUGGACACAGAUAAAUGGGUGUUAAAGGCACCUAUGCCCACAGGUGCGGCCUAUAGUUCUUUUGUUGUGCCGACACAUUUGGCUGAUAAUUUGCAAACCGUUUUGGCGGAUGGAAGUCGACCCGUACAUUAAACACACCUACUCAAUCAUUACAAUAAUAAAUAUUUUCGUAAAUCACA